AAACUUAAAUUUGAAUAUAUUUUUUCUAACGUCAAAUUGAAAGUUGGAAGAAUGAAAUAAACAAGACAAAACCAUUAUAUAUUAUUAGCAAUCUCAAAUUGAUUGAUCCAUCCAUCAUCUGUGUCUCACUCAGUGUAGUGGAAAAGGUAACAAAUGGCAGACCUGAGUUUGGGAAUUCUAAUUGAUAUUGUUGAUGAAGAUUGGAUGAGAGAUACUCUCCCUGAAGAUGAUCUUCCUCUGCCUCCAACACUGGUUGUUCGGACAGAUGAUACUGAGGACUCAAAUCAGGAGACACAGCAAGUUGAUGUGGAUACAUGGCAUGAUCUUGCCCUUGGCCAAGAGUAGUAGUUAAGUUUCAACAAACUAAUGCCAAUGUGUAAUGCUUAGUAAGUAGGCGAUAUUGCUUCCAGUGACUGAACUAGGCGCCUUCCUUUCUAUGCAAGUGAUAGAUAUAUCAAGAAAUUUGAGUGUUAUUUCUAGUUGCUUGCUGUCUUAAAAGCACUCUGUAUUUUUGCUUUAAAUUCUAAUGGCAACCUAUUCAUAACAUAGAUUACUGGUAGGUUUCACAUAUCUGUAAUAAAUUUUGUUACCAGUGUUUAGUUUGGGAAAUGAAAGGAAGGAGAGGGAUUUUGAAUAAAAUGUCUAGUUUUGUUUAUAA